AUGUGGCGGCUCGCGCGGUCGCUGAGGCAGAGCGGCUCGAGCUGGCAGUUGGGCGGUGCGGCCGUCGGUCGGUUGACGGUCGCCGCGGGGUCUCCGGCGCCGAGCGGGAGCCCCGGCGGUUGGUACGAGUGGCUGGCGCAGUCGGUCCCCGUGCACUGGGCGGAAGAUGGGCUGGUGGCACUGCAAGCGGCCGCGGGGCUCCCGUGGUGGGCCGCCAUCGUGUGCGGCGGCGCCCUGCUCCGCAGCGCCGUCACCUUGCCGCUGGCCGCGCACCAGGGCCGCCUCCUGGCCAAGUUGGAAAAUUUGCAGCCUGAGAUUAAAAAGCUAGCUGAGCAGCUUCGCUAUGAAGUUUCUGUUCGUGGAAAGCAACUGGGUUGGUCUGAAAAGGUUGCCAGAUUCCACUUUAAGAAGAACCUGCAGAGGAUUAUUACAGAACUGUACAUUCGAGACAACUGCCAUCCAUUCAAAGCUACCUUAUUGGUGUGGGUACAGAUUCCAAUGUGGGUCUGCGUGUCUCUUGCAUUGCGCAACUGCAGUGUUGGUGCUGUGGACUCAGAAGUUCAAGAACAGUUUUCGACAGGUGGAACACUGUGGUUUACAGACCUCACAGCACCAGAUUCCACGUGGAUUAUGCCAGUUUCACUUGGACUCCUGAAUUUGCUGAUAGUGGAGAUCUUUGCUUCACAAAAACUGGAAGCUUCUAGGUUCCAGAAGCUUGCUACAAAUUUCUUUAGAGUGUUGUCAGUAGUAAUGGUCCCUAUUGCUGCAACAGUCCCCUCGUCCAUGGCGUUGUAUUGGUUGUCCUCAAGCUUCAUGGGACUCUCUCACAACCUGUUGCUCCGUUCUCCGACUGUUCGCCGACUGUGUUGCAUACCGAGGACCAAAUCUGACUCAGAUACUCCUUACAGGGAUAUUGUGGCUGCCUUGAGUACCAAAUACAGUUUUAAGAAAUAACACGCUUUGAACUGUCGGAAGAGCUGUCCCACAUAAUUCGUGUGUGUUGUUGAGAAGUGGUAUUUUGUUGAGAUGCUCACUGUAAAGUGCUACAGCUGAAAUUAUAUUUCUUUUCCAAAUAAAACAUUGAUCAUCUGGCUAAAA